UGGGCUUGCAGAAGCGUAAGGCAGACGGGGGAGAAAGUAGGUGCUGCUAGGGCCAGCGUGAUCGUCUCCUUUUCCAACCUGCAGCCCAGGACGCUGAUUCGAGCCGCGCCUUACCGCGCAGCCCGAAGAUUCACCAUGGUGAAAAUUGCAUUCAAUACACCCACGGCGGUGCAAAAAGAGGAGGCGCGGCAAGACGUGGAGGCCCUCGUAAGCCGCACGGUCCGAGCUCAGAUCCUGACCGGCAAGGAGCUCCGAGUUGCCACCCAGGAAAAAGAGGGUUCCUCUGGGAGAUGCAUGCUUACUCUCUUAGGCCUUUCAUUCAUCUUGGCAGGACUUAUUGUUGGUGGAGCCUGCAUUUACAAGUACUUCAUGCCCAAGAAUACCAUCUACCAUGGAGAGAUGUGCUUUUUUGAUUCUGAGGACCCUGCAAAUUCCCUUCGAGGUGGAGAACCCUACUUUCUGCCUGUGACCGAGGAGGCUGACAUUCGUGAGGAUGACAACAUUGCAAUCAUUGAUGUGCCUGUCCCUAGUUUCUCUGACAGUGACCCUGCAGCAAUUAUUCAUGACUUCGAAAAGGGCAUGACUGCCUACCUGGAUUUGGUGCUGGGAAACUGCUAUCUGAUGCCCCUCAAUACCUCCAUUGUUAUGCCUCCAAAGAAUCUGGUGGAGCUCUUUGGCAAACUGGCAAGAGGCAGAUACCUGCCUCACACUUAUGUGGUCCGUGAAGACCUGGUUGCUGUGGAGGAGAUUCGUGAUGUUAGUAACCUUGGCAUUUUUAUUUACCAACUUUGCAACAACCGCAAGUCCUUCCGCCUUCGUCGACGAGACCUCUUGCUGGGUUUCAACAAACGUGCCAUUGAUAAAUGCUGGAAGAUUAGACACUUCCCCAACGAAUUUAUUGUUGAGACCAAGAUCUGUCAAGAGUGAGAGGCAACAGAAAGAGUAUCCUUAAUAAGAAGAAGUCAGAAAUUUACAAUACGACUUCAACAUUAAAGUGUGUGAGAUACUCAAGAUAUUUACUCAUGCAUUUACUCUAUUGCUUAUACUAAAAAACAAAAAAACAAAAAAAGGGAAAAAAUGUACUAACCACUGCAAGCUCUUGUCAAUUUUCAGUUUAAUUGUCAUUGCUUGUUGUUUGAAACUGAAAUUAAAUAAUUCUUAUGUUUUCUUUUGAAUUUAUAGGGUUUAGAGUUCUGAAAGCAGCAUGAACGUGUCAGCUAACAUCCUGACAAUAAAUCCCAUCCUUUGCGAUUUGUUUAAAGUAAGCUCUUCACUCAAUCAUAGGGUAGAGCGUAUUUUACAUUUAAAAUAUUUUAAAUUGUUUUUGACUUUUUUCUGUAAAGUAUGUCCAAUCUCUUACCAUUGUUUUUUGUUUUUCAUUUUGUGCAACUUUCCUGAAUUUAGAAAUUGCAUCUUUGCAUUUCUGUUAGGUGCUGUGUAACAGAUCUGACUUAUAUGUGAAAAAAUUUCAUAAAAAAGUCACUCUAAUGCAGUGGUUCUUUUUCACUGAUAUGUGUAUUGUGAAAUCCACAAAACUGUACAAGUGCUGAAUGCUGUAAGGAAUUUAGGUUGUAUGAAUUCUACAACCCUAUAAUAAAUUUUUCCAUAUUCAA